AUGGCAAAAGGAGAUAAGAAGGGAGAUCAGCCCUCUCAACCAAUCACAACCGACUCAAGGUUCAAAUCUGUGCACAACGAUCCAAGAUUCAGAUUACCUAAUUUAAAAAAAUUUAAAGUUAAAGUAGAUGAAAGAUUUAGUAAAAAAGAACUUGAAAAAUUAAGUGUUGGAGCCAGUGGUAAAAAAGCCAAGAUUGAUAGAUAUGGAAGAAAGAUCAACAAGAAAGAUGAGUCAGCUGGUCUUGAUAAGUUUUAUGAGCAUGAAAGUGAGGAAGAAGUAGAAGAAGAAGAGGAGGAAGGGUCUGAAGGUGAUGAUGAGAGUGUGAGCUCUGAUGAAGGAGAAGAAAAGGAAGAACAAAGUGAAAGCGAAGAAGAAGAGGAUGAUGAUGAGUUGAAAGCACUUACUAAAAAGUUAAAAGAAGAAGAAGCCGAAUUUGAUCGAGCAAGAGGUGAAGGUCUCGGAUCCUCUUCUUCUGAUUCUGAAUCUGAAUCCGAAGCAUCGUCAUCUGACUCAUCUGUCAACUUUGAAGAAUCAGACGAAGAAGAAUCAGAAAUCGAAUUAGAAGACGGCAAACCAGAAGAAACAGAACCUACUACUUCUUUUGCAGUUGUGAAUAUGGAUUGGGAUAAUAUUCGUGCAGUUGAUUUAAUGGCAACUUUUAUUUCCUUUGUACCUAAAGGUGGACAAAUCAAAUCAGUAUCCAUCUAUCCUUCGGAAUUCGGUAAGGAAAGAAUGCAAAGAGAAGAAAUCGAAGGUCCUCCUAAAGAUUUAUUCAAAUCUUCCAAAAAGAACAAAAAGCAACAACAAGAAGAAGACUCCGAUUCUGAUCUUGGUUCAGAUAUCGAUAUUAAUAAUCCUGAAGAAUUGGAAAAGGUGACUAGAAAAUUAUAUCAAGAAGAUGAUGGGAAGGAAGAUUAUGACAGUAAAGCAUUACGUCGUUAUCAAUUACAAAGAUUAAGAUAUUAUUACGCCGUGGUGAAAUGUGAUUCAGUUGAAACCGCCAGAAAUAUCUACAUAAAUUGUGAUGGUACCGAAUAUGAAUCCACGGCAAAUAUAUUUGAUUUAAGAUACAUACCCGAAGAUAUGGAUUUCAGUGAAGAUGACCCCAAGGAUGUAUGUAACAAGAUUCCAUCUUCCUACAGACCAGAUUCUACAUUUGUUACUGAUGCAUUACAACAUUCGAAAGUGAAAUUAACUUGGGAUGAAACUCCAAAGGAAAGACUUACUUUAAGUUCAAGACCACUUUCUCAGAAGGAAAUUGAUGAGAAUGAUUUUAAGGCAUAUUUGGCAAGUGAUAGUGAUGAAAAUGACAAUGAAGAAAAGGAUUCUUCUUUGAAGGAUAAAUAUAAGAAUUUGUUGGGUGAUACGUUUGGAGCCAAAGGGUUUGGAAGAGAUGUGGGUAGUGAUGACGACGAUGUCGAUAUGGAAAUUACAUUUGAUCCAGGAUUGAAGGAUGAGAAUAAUAAUGAAGAGGAAGAAAAGGAAGAAGAAUCGACUAUCGAUGCGUAUAGAAGAAAGGAAAAGGAACGUCGUAAACGUAGAUUAGCCAAAUUCAAAGAAACUCAAGCUGAAGAAAAGAAGAAGGUGGAGGAGUCUAAACCAAAGGAUAAAUCUGGUAAGAAGAAUAAGAAGAAGCAAGUUCCUCAAAUGGAUGAGAAAUCUAAAGCAGAACUUGAAUUGGUAUUAAUGGAUGAAGAUGGUGAAGAUCAAAAGCAUAAUCCAGAACAUUUCAAUAUGAAGGAUGUGAUAAAAUCAGAAAAACAAAAGAACAAGAAGAAGGGUAAAAAGAAGAAGAAUAUUGAUGAAGAAAUGGUUCAAGAUAAUUUUGUUGCUAAUUUGAAUGAUCCAAGAUUUAAUGAAAUAUUUGAAAGUCAUGAUUAUGCAAUUGAUCCAACUAGUAGUGAUUUUAAGAAGACUGCAACUAUGAAGAAGAUUUUACAAGAACGUUCAAACAGAGCAAAGAGUAAACCAUCUAAGAAGAAUGAAUCUAAGUCAUCUAAACGUAAGAUUGAUGAUGUUAGUAAUUCUGAUAAUGUUAAUUCUUUAAUUGAAAAGAUUAAGAAGAAGCAAAGAAAGUAA